AGGUAAAUUGUGAAUCAAAUGGUACUUCGUGGGAAAAAUGCGACAUUGGUAGUUAUUGGAGAUAUUGGCCGAAGUCCAAGAAUUUGUUAUCACGCCAGGUCACUGGCGGAUAAAAAUUAUCGAGUGCAAAUAGUGGGCUAUAAAGAUUCGGCGAUACAUCAAUCCAUACAGCAGCAUCCGUAUAUUAGUGUAGUAUCACUAAGAUCUCCACCAGAAUAUAUCUGUAAAUUACGGCCGGUCUUUGCUUUGGUACUGAAAUUUUUGUGGACUUUGAUUGUUCUCCUGUUAGCGCUAUUCUUCCGAAUUGAAUGGCCUCUCUUGAUUAUGGUACAGAAUCCUCCUGGAUUACCAUCUCUUCUUGCUUGCUGGCUGUGCGCUCGUAUCAGAAGGGCACAGUUUAUCAUUGAUUGGCAUAACUAUACCUAUUCAGUAUUACGCAAAAAGUAUAAUAUCGAUGAAAUACGCGUUGAUCGUGCUUCUGAUCGACGAAUGCAGAAUUCUUUAAAUUGUUCCGACGAUCAUGGCUUGGCGGCAAAUGAUUUUUCCGGUAUGCGUGGAAAAAGAAUGACACGAGUAGAACGAGCUGUUCAGGCUGCAGCAGCUACAGCAAACAAGAGAAAACGCCAAUCUGAUCGAAAGAAACGAUAUUCAGUCAUGCAGAGAUAUGUUGAGUAUAUAUAUUAUUGGGAAGGUUACUUUGGUCGUCGCGCUGAUUUGAACAUUUGUGUAACUCAUGCUAUGCGGCAAGAUAUGUUCGAUGCAUGGGAGAUUAGUGCAGCUACGGUAUAUGAUCGGCCUCCAGACUGGAGCUUUCGAAAGUUGACUGAUGAAGAGCGACAUAAAUUUCUUUUAAAAUUAAUUGAUUACGGUGGAGAAUUCGAAAUUUUUAAAGCGAUUAAUAAUUCAGGCUCUCAGAGAGAUUGCGUUUUCGUGGAAGAAACGUUAAUUUCUUAUCGUGACAAUGGUGGCAAAGUCCACCUUCGAAAUGACCGUCCUUUACUUCUUGUUUCAUCUACAAGUUGGACAGAAGAUGAAGAUUUUGGAAUCCUACUUGAUGCGCUUCGUGAAUUUGAUAAUAUUGCUAAACUUUCUUCAAAAACGAAUCCGACAAUUCGGCUACCAUUUAUAAUAUGUAUAAUUACUGGACGCGGACCUUUACGAUCAUAUUAUUUGGGUCGCAUUGAGCACAUGCAAAUGCAAAAUGUUGAAGUAUUAACAUCAUGGUUAGAAGCAGAAGAUUAUCCACUUUUGCUUGGUUGUGCUGAUAUCGGAGUCUCUUUGCAUACUUCUACAUCAGGUCUGGAUCUACCAAUGAAGGUAGUCGAUAUGCUUGGAUGUGGUUUGCCUGUCAUUGCCAAACGGUUUGGUUGUAUCGGUGAACUUGUUUCAGACGGCCAUAAUGGGCGACUAUUCGAUACUUCGCAUGAACUUUCACAUAUCAUUAAGUCCUUGACAUGUGGUUUCCCUCUUUAUUGCAGUCAGUUGAAUACACUGAUAUCAAAUGUUCAUUCUGAUCCUUUAAUAUCGUGGAACAAAAAUUGGGAUGCAUGCAUGUGGCCAUUGGUGCGUAGUUAUGGAGCUCUGUCAGUUGAGGAUCUGGCACGACGUCAAAGGUUCGCGGUGAUCUCACUUCAAAAUCGACCAGAAACUGCUGAACUGCGUGACAUAUUUGAGAUGAAGCAACAGGAUAAUAAUGAACAUGAAAGUGCAAGGUUUAAAGAUAUUGCAGAUGACUGUGGUAAUAAUUGUUGAUGAGGGGCGAUUUCAAUUAAUGAAAAACCCUGGAAAAUCCAGUUUGAUAUUUUCGUUGCAAUUCAAGAUAACAUUUUGGAUUGAAAAAAUUAGUUUUUGCAGGUUUUAUGGAUUUCAUAAUUGAAAGAAUUCGGUUCAUUUUGGAAUUCUUAUACACAAAAGAUUGAAAGAUUUAGUCCUUGUGGUUGAGAAUUUAUGAUUGUUGCCUGAAGUUUACGUAGUCAUUUUUCCUAUUUUUUUUUCAUAUUUGAUGAAAUCGCUUGAUUCUUUGCUUCUUGUUUUGCGGCUAUCUAUAUGAAAACUAAAAGCAGCGUAUUUUCAAAAAUGUAUAUCUAAAAGUAAGGUUACCUACCUCAUCACAAAGAAAUUUUCCUUUGAUCAUUCUUGGAGACCAAUAACUUUGCUCAUUGCACUUACUGCAUAACCACGAGAAACUGUUAAUAAAUAUCUUAAAAAUUAAAAAAAAAGGAUAGAGUUGGUCAUAUACUAUCACAGUGUUUCAUUUUAUUAGAAUUUACGAGCUUUCCUGUAUCACUUUUGUAUACGAUUUAUUUGCACAUUCCAUACUGUUAUAUUUUCAGUAGUAUUAUGAUGUGAUAAACGAAUAAUUGAGUCCAUCAAA